AUGGAAUUCUCUCCCUAUAGCGAAAUUGGCCGAGGCCAGAAACUCCUAUACGUCGCGCCACGUAUUCGAGAAAUACACCCAUACAUAGAACGGGGUACUGGAAUGAUGCUGCUCAAAGGCGCCCCUGGAGUCUUUCUGCUUCUCGCAAAACCGAAUUUUACUACACGCCCCGGCGUUAUGAUGUGUGACUUGGAUCCGGAGAAUGAGACAACAGUAUCAGAGACCAUCCAACAGAAUCCCCGUUCUAUAAUCAGGAUGCUGCCUCUCCAGAUCAUGCAAAUGAUUAUCACAGGCAUGCAUAUAAUCGACGUUCUUCAUUUCGGACUCACCUGCUCCGAGGCGUGGGCAGCAGCAUGGCCUACCCUCAUGAAGUUUAGUAUCAGCUCUCUGGGUACCUGGGUUAAUACGCCUAUCAUCUGUGGAGGGGAAGGAAGAACACUGCUGGGAACCUACCGUCCAGACGAACCGGCCGAAGGAGACGAAUAUGAGCGGAACAUAGACACACUGCUUCGAGCACGGGGAACCAGGAUCCGUUUAAGGUCGACGAGAAUCCAGCAAAACGGCAUUGCAAACGGACACAGCCGGCUUUUUCAAAGCCCAACGAAUGGGGUCAGUCCAGGGAGGAGCUCAAACGAGGUUGAAAGCCAGAUAGAUGGGCUUCAACCUAGAAGACCACUCCCAAGCCUACAUAUGAACGAGACAAAUGAGUCUCGCCCUAUAAGGCUACCCCCAGGCCUAGAAUUGAGUCCGACAAGAAGGGUUGCUCCUUUAGUACCACCAGGCUUAGGUCCAGACCGGGAAGAUUGGUUCAUUCCUAGAAUGCUCCCAAGCCUAGGUCCAAAUGGGAAUAAUCCAAGUCAAGUAAAUGGAAAUCAAACUGAUUCUCGACAACCAUACAGACAUACUGGGAGGCUGCCGGAACGGAUGCGACGGCGGGCUGAUAGGUUGCGCUCAAGACGGCAAAAUGGGAUUAAUCAAGGUCAUUCAAACGGUGCUCAUUCGGCUCUAGAGGAUGAUAUCGAUUCAAUUUAUGCAAACGGCAAUGGCUCGACGGUGAGCCAAAUUCUGCAGCCAUUAGCAUUCAGACUUAACGAAGAGGCCAACCGUAUUCCAGUGCAGCCGUCAGACCCUGUACCGCCCCGCCCACCCCGGAUUUCCUCAAUAGAAUUACUUUCAACACUGGUGCAUCAGGCCUGGGCGUUUUUUGGGAAGACUAGGGAUGUAAUCAAAGAUUGCCUGCCUCCCGACCUCCGUAUGCCAGCUAAUACAUAUAUCAGGACCGGAGCAUACUACCCGGUUGACCUGUUAACCAUCAUUAACCCUUGCCCGGCCAAUCUCUACAAGACUGAGCCCGGCGACAUAUGGGUUCUAAGAAGUCUGACGGUGCGCCAGUACAUCCGCUCUACUGACAUUGCCUUGCAUCCUGGCUACAUCAGUGGGCCGUUUAUUAUGGGUAUCGGUUUCAGCGAGGCAGUCUUCGCCAUGACCAUAUGGACUGACACAAGUAAGGGCCGCUGGGCUGGCCAUGCUUUGGAUAUCGUUCCUCUAAGCAAACUGGAGGCAGAAGAUGGAGAAUGGGAGGAUGUAGGAAGAGUGAUUGCAGGAUAUCUCCAUCAUCACUUCAGGAGGCACUACGGCGCAGAUUGGAUAGAAGAAACCGUGAAGCUCGGGUGGUAA